UAGGAUAAGGCAUGCGAAGACCAAUAUACUUCCUUGCCGUGGGUAUCAGUGGGUAGCCCGUAGCCUUACUACUGUCCGUGUUUGAUGUUCGCGCCGGCGAGCUUCCCCAUGGCGCCGGCACCGAUCACCUGCUGUCGCCCCCAGCCCAAUUUUCAGAACGUCACUUUUAGUCCAAAACCCAAAAAGAACACGUUGGCAAUAACAUCAGUUCCAAAAUCAGAAGGUUUUCUUUGCAGUCCAACACCUGAGGAAUAUUCUAGAACUACAAACCCCACUUUGAAGAAUCAGAUUAAGAAUCCAUUAACACUGUCCGAAGAGAUUACCCAACUGUGUGAAUCCAAAAAAAGCCUGUCGGAAGUUUUACGUACAUUUCAAGAAUACCUGGACAAUGGUUUUUACCAUUCGUUUGAAAAAGCCGAGGCCUUAGGUGUACUCUUACAUGCCUGUGGUAAACAUAAGGACAUUGAAACUGGCCGUAAAGUCCAUGAAAUUGUUUCUUCAUUCACCCUAUUCAAAGAUGAUUUUGUACUCUGUACGCGGCUUAUCACAAUGUACUCCAUGUGUGGGUAUCCUUCUGAUUCUCGGUUCGUUUUCGAUCAGUUAGGUAGCAAAAAUCUGUACCAAUGGAAUGUUCUUAUGAGUGGGUAUACAAAGAAUGAGCUUUGGUUUGAUGUUAUUUGUUUGUUUAUUGAACUGAUGAGUUUAUCCCAAGAUAGACCAGAUAAUUUUACGUUUCCUUGUGUUAUUAAAGCUUGUGGAGGGAUUCUUGAUGUGGGUUUGGGGGAAGCUAUUCAUGGGAUGGUAUCAAAGAUGGGUUUGGUUAGUGAUGUAUUUGUAAGCAAUUCGUUAAUUACCAUGUAUGGGAAGUUUGAUCUUGUUGAGGAAGCUAUGAAUGUGUUUAAGCAUAUGCCUGAGAGGAAUUUGGUUUCGUGGAAUUCGAUGAUUUCUGGGUUCUCUGCGAACGGAUAUAUUGAACAAUGUUUUGAUAUUUUCAGAAAUAUAUUUACUGGGGAUGAAGUUCUCGUUCCAGACACGACUACCAUGGUUAUUAUGCUGCCGAUAUGUGCAGCAGAAGAGGAAGUCGAAUUCGGGAAGAUCAUUCAUGGUUUAACUGUAAAGCUAGGACUGGCUAAUGAGUUAACGGUGAAUAAUUCUUUAGUGGAUAUGUAUUGCAAAUUUGGGUACUUUGCUGAUGCGCAAAUUCUGUUCCAGAGAAAUGAGAGCAAAAAUGUGGUCUCUUGGAACUCAAUUAUCGGGGGUUAUUCAGGAGAAGGAGAUGUUAGACGAACACUUCAUCUUAUGACAAAGAUGCAAAGUACUCGUGAGUAUGUGAAGGCGAAUGAGGUCACUCUAUUGAAUGUUUUGCCUGUGUGCUUAGAGGAGUCAGAGCAGUUGAUAGUGAAAGAACUACAUGGCUACUCGCUUAGAAAUGGUCUUGAAUAUCACCAGUUGUUAACAAAUGCUUUUAUAGCUGCCUAUGCAAAGUGUGGAUUGCUCAGAUAUGCUGAGCUUGCAUUCUACGGAGUGGCGAAUAAGACAGUAAGCUCUUGGAAUGCACUGAUAAGUGGCUAUGCUCAGAAUGAGGAUCCAUCCAAGGCUUUGACUCUAUCCUUUAAAAUGAUGGAGUCUGGCUUGCUUCCUGACUGGUUUACUAUUGGUAGCCUUCUGUUUGCUUGUUCCCACUUAAAACUGCUACAUUGCGGUACACAAAUUCAUGGUUUUGUGCUUAGAAAGGGUCUAGAAACUGAUAUGUCUACAUGAGUUUCCCUAGUUUCAUUUUACAUGAAUUGUGGGAAACCAGAACUGGCACAAUUUCUGUUUGACGGGAUAGAAGAUAAAAGUGUCGUAUCAUGGAACGUGAUGAUAUCUGGUUACUUGCAGAACGCACUACCAAAUAAAGCCUUAUCUCUGUUUCGUGAUAUGAUAUCUCGUAGAUUUCAACCUGAAGAAAUUUCUGUUACAAGUGUAUUAGGGGCUUGUUCAACAUUGUCUGCUGUCAGGCUUGGGAAAGAAGUUCAUUGCUUUGCACUAAAAACUCACCUUAUAGAGGAUACAUUUGUCCAUUGCUCAAUCAUAGACAUGUAUGCAAAAUCUGGAUUCAUAGGAAUGUCAAAGUAUGUUUUUGACCAAAUUCCGGUCAAAGAUGUAGCAUCAUGGACAGCUAUGAUUACAGGAUAUGCAGUUCAUGGACUUGGAAGGGAAGCCAUCAAGCUAUUUCAGGAAAUGCAAAAAUUGGGCUUCAAGCCUGCCAGCUUGACAUAUGUCUCUGUUUUAAUGGCAUGUAGCCAUGCUGGACUCAUUGAAGAAGGUCAACAAUAUGUUAGAGAGAUGCAGAUCUUGCAUGGUCUAAAACCUGAAUUGGAGCAUUAUGCAUGUGUGAUUGACAUGUUGGGUCGUGCUGGAAAGUUUGAUGAAGCCUUAAAUCUUAUGACUGAGAUGCCUAUGCAACCAGAUACUCAAAUUUGGGGCUCGUUGCUCAAUUCAUGUAUAGUUCAUGCCCAGUUAAAUCUUGGGAAGAACUGUGCUGAGAAGUUACUAGAAUUAGAGCCCAAAAGAGCAGACAUUUAUGUUUUAGUAUCCAAUUUUUUUGCUAGAUGUGGGGACUGGGAUUCUGUUAAACAAUUGAGGCAAAAGAUGAAGGAGUUAGGCUUGCAAAAAGAAAUUGGUUGCAGUCGGAUUGAAAUAGGAGGAAAAAGCUAUAACUUUGCUGUUGGCAAUAUGCUUUCCAAGCCAAAAGAGCUACAGUGAGGAUAGAUGUGACCAAAGGGAACGAGUUGAGUUGAUUAGUACCUGAGAUGAUUUGGUGCUUCAGCAUUUGAGCAGAGAGUGUAAAGGAUAAAUUGAAGUAGUUCAGCAUGAAACUCUUUAGAAUCACUUGACUCAUGUUCUUCUUGUUGAUGACUCAAAAAAAAAUCCUCAAGGAAUGCGGUUCACAAAUUACCGCAAUGUGCUUUAAGUUGGUGCCCACAACGAUUGUUAGGGAGAUUAAUCCAAGGAUUGGAAUGAGAGGUACUCUCACAUUUUUAAGGAUGGUUUCUCUGGAUACAUGGAUGAGUCAAUUUGACCUGCUUUUGUUAGCCACCAGAAUUGUUCGGAUGUAUGUAUCAGGUGGAAUCAUUUGGCUUGUGUUUUGGAACUUCUUGCUAGAAAUCAGUGCUUGAUUUCAAUAAUGACUCCUUCCACGAAGAUAUCUAAGUUUUCAAAGAAUCAUCUGAAGUGCAGUGUGGCAGGACAUGUUCUGAAACUUAAGUUCAGCAAGGAAUUUCAGUUCUCAAAAAAGAUGAGAACGACAAGGUUGAUAUUCCAAGAGCCAAGAGUUCCAUGGUAGUCUUAGUCUUUUCACCCUUCCCUCACGAUACUACUUCUCUAUUGAUCACCCAGGAAUAUUUACCCUUGCGAGGUAGUCCUUGCUGAUCUACACAGGAUACCAUGUUCCCCAUGCUACUUGGUCAGAGCGUAAGCUAGUGAUGCUUCCGGCUACAAGACUUUUGCCAUCUAAAGUGAAG